AUGAUUACCUUACAACUGGGCAUUAUUUUCAUCCUAGUAACAGAAUUUGUUCUGGGAGAAUUUGCCAACGUCUUUAUAGUUGUGGUGAACUGCAUUGACUGGGUCAAGAGAAAAAAGCUCUCUCCAACGGACUGGAUUCUCUCUGCUCUGGCACUCUCCAGAAUUGCUUUGCUUUGCAUCUUACUAAUCUAUUGGUAUUCAGCAGUGGCUGAUCCAGCUUUAUAUAAUGGUCAAGUAAAGAGUAGUAUUCUCACAGCAUGGGCAAUAACCAAUCAUGUAAGCAUCUGGUUGACUACCAUUCUCAGUAUAUUCUAUUUGCUCAAAAUAGUCAAUUUCUCCAACAUUGUAUUUUUUCACCUAAAGAAAAACAUUAACAGUGUAAUUCUGGUGGUAUUUUUUGGGAGUUUCGUGGUUUUGUUUUGUUAUCUUGCAGUGCUGAAUGUAGAGUUGUCUAUUUUGAUGACUACAUAUGAACAAAACAUGACUUGCAAGAGCAACUGGGUGGGAAUCUUACACCUUACCAAUGUAACUCUUUUCAUAAUAACAAACGUUGUACCCUUUACUAUAUCACUGGCAUGUGUUUUGAUGUUAAUCUAUUCCCUGUAUAAGCAUCUGAGAAAGAUGCAGGUCCAUGGAAAUGGAUCCCAGGACCCCAGCACCAAGAUCCAUGUAAAGGCCAUGCAAACUGUGAUCUCUUUUCUUGUACUGUUUAGCAUUUACUUUCUAUCUGUAAUUGUAUCAAUUUGGAUUUUGACUGUGUCAUUGAAUGUGAGCAGCAUCUUACUUUUCUAUGCUAUCGAAGUCAUCUACCCUUCAGCCCAUUCGUUUGUCCUGAUCUGGGGGAACAGAAAGCUGAAACAGGCCUUUUUGCUCAUGCUGUGGCAGGUGCAAUGCUGGCUGAAAUAA